AUGAGUCCCGUGACAGUCGACACUGUAACCCAGGCUCGUGCCAUUGUCAACGCCAGGUUGGACGAGUUGGACGACGGCCUGCAUCAAGUGAACAGGACGCUCCAUGCAAAUCCAGAGCUUGCAUACAAGGAGUUCAUCGCCCAUGACACCAUUACCGCCUACCUCGAGAAGCUUGGUUUCCAGGUGGAGAGGAGCGCGUGGGGAUUGGCCACGAGUUUUGAUGCCACCGUUGGAUCUGGCGAUAGACAAGUCAUCUUUUGUGCCGAGUAUGACGCCCUGCCAGAGAUUGGGCAUGCCUGUGGCCACAACCUCAUUGCCAUCUCGUCCAUCGGGGCCUUCCUUGGAGCGGCAGCGGCCAUGUCGGCGCUCAAAAUCGACGGCCGUAUUCGACUCCUGGGAACGCCGGCAGAAGAGUCCGGCGGAGGCAAGCAGGACCUCGUCGAGGCGGGCGCAUUCAACCCUCCCGAGAGCGUCGUCGCGGCCAUCAUGGCUCACCCCAUGCCGAUAGAGUAUGUCUCUCAGGGGGGGUUCUCGGGCCUGGCGGGCAUGAAGCUCAUUGCUUGCCAAGGCACGCUCGUCGAAUUCAAGGGCCGAACAGCACACGCGGCCGGUGAGCCGUGGAAAGGUGUCAACGCGCUUGACGGAGCCGUCGCGGCAUACAACAAUGUCUCUCUCCUGAGGCAACAGAUGCACACGGAAGAUAGAGUACACGGCGUCUUCGAGGUCGGAGGCACGGCGCCCAAUGUGAUCCCCGACUACACCCGCAUGAACUGGAUAGUGAGAAGCCCAACGGCGGCGGGAUGUGACAAGCUCAUGGAACGGGUGACCAAGUGCUGGGAGGCUGGCGCAUCCGCGUCGGCUUGCGAGAUGAAAACGACGAGGUUCGUCCGAAGCCCCUUCUUGUUGUUGCCAAGUUGUUCGUACUUGCUCGAGGGUGCCAAGAAGAAACUAUUAACAUUGGACAUUCCCAACAGACAGCACCACUACUUGAAUCUCAGGGCCAAUGAUAGUCUGUGCCAAAUCUACGUGGAUGAAAUGGCCGCCUUUGGCCAAAACAUUCAUCUCAAAAUAGAUCGGGCGUUGAACGCAUCCACCGACAUGGGCAACGUAUCCCAUUUUGUGCCCAGUUUCCACGGCGGAAUUGGCAUACCCGCGGAACCCGGCGUUGCCAUGCACAAUCCGCGGUUUGCCGCUGCCGCCGGGACGGAUGAGGCUCACGGAGCGGCGAUUCAGGCGGCAAAGGGAAUGGCCAUGCUGGGGUUGAGGGUGCUUUUGGACAGCAAAGUUGCCGCUCAAGCGCGUCUCGACUUUGAAAGGGACGACGAAGAAGCACACUUGUAG